AUGGCCAAGCGCACCAGAAAGGUCGGUAUCACCGGUAAAUACGGUACCCGCUACGGAUCUUCCCUCCGAAAGAUUGUCAAGAAGAUGGAAGUCUCCCAGCACAAGAAAUACCAGUCUCCCUUCUGUGGUGCCACUUCCCUCAAGCGAACCGCUGUUGGCGUUUGGGUUUGCUCUCGAACCAACAAGAAGAUGGCCGGUGGAGCUUGGGAACCUCAUACCCAGAACUUCCAGGUCGUCUCCAUGGGUAUCCGACGACUCCGAGAAGCCGUCGAGAGCUAA